AGAAGGAGAUUUUCAAAUAUUCAUUGCAGAACCAAAUUCGAGCUUGAAAGAAUCAAGCUUUCUGGGGUUUUAUAUAUAUUAAAAUUUUCCGGUGAGUACUACGCUGGGAGGUUUAGGUUAGGGUUUUUCUGGGUACUUGCAGAAAAAUGGAGAGCAGCAAUGGCAGCUUGGAGCAAACAUUGCAGGAAGGAAAGCUGUAUCGCCAAGUCAAUGCUCUUAUCGUCGCCCAUCUUCGCGACAAUAAUCUCAAUCAGGCUGCAAGUGCAGUUGCUUCGGCUACAAUGACACCGCUGAAUGUUGAAGCAUCUCCUAACAAGCUUCUCGAAUUGGUUACCAAGGGUAUUGCAGUGGAGAAAGAUGAGAUGUUAAGAGGUGUUUCUUCAUCUGUGCUGUUUGAUUCAAAUACAGUGAUACCUGCGGGAUAUGGCUCAAUCCCACCUCCUCGUGCUGUUGCUGUUGAUUUCAGUGGGGUGCAUGAUACAAAAGGCUCAUCGAAGAGUUUUCCGAAGCAUGAGACACGGCAUGUUUCAGAGCAUAAAAAUGUUGCCAGAUGCGCAAGAUUUAGUCCUGAUGGAAGGUUUCUUGCAACCGGUAGUGCUGAUACAUCAAUUAAGCUUUUUGAGGUAUCAAAAAUUAAGCAAAUGAUGCUGCCAGAUGCAAGAGAUGGCCCACCAAUAAAUGAUUUGGAUUUCCAUCCUCAACAUGCUAUUCUGAUAUCUGGGGCCAAAGAUCACACGAUAAAGUUCUUUGAUUUUUCAAAAUCCAUACUGAAGAGAGCAGUCCGAGUUAUCCAGGAUACCCAUAAUGUGCGGUCUGUGUCUUUCCAUCCUUCUGGAGAUUUCCUUUUAGCAGGCACUGAUCAUCCAAUUGCACACUUAUAUGACAUCAAUACUUUUCAAUGCUACCUAUCAGCUAAUGUCCAAGAGAUCAAUGGAGCUAUAAAUCAGGUGAGAUAUUCGUGUACUGGUGGAAUGUAUGUAACAGCAUCUAAAGACGGUGCUAUUCGACUGUGGGAUGGGGUAACUGCCAGUUGUGUGCGCUCCAUAGUUGGUGCACAUGGAACAAUGGAGGCCACGGGUGCAAACUUUACAAAGGAUCAAAGAUAUGUUCUUUCUUCUGGGAAGGAUUCUUCUGUGAAGCUUUGGGAAGUUGGCACUGGAAGGCUGGUUAAGCAAUAUCUUGGAGCUACACAUACACAGCUCCGGUGCCAGGCUGUUUUUAAUGAUACAGAAGAGUUUGUGUUAUCCGUUGACGAAUCAAGCAAUGAGAUUGUUACCUGGGAUGCCCUCACAGCAGAGAGAGUGGCAAGAUGGCCUUCCAACCAUAUCGGAGCACCCCGUUGGGUUGAGCAUUCACCAACGGAAGCAGCAUUUGUUACCUGUGGAACUGACAGGUCCGUACGGUUUUGGAAGGAAACCCUUUAGGUGCAUGGAAGAUUUUGGUGGACAUAUCGCGACCCCGGGGACCUGGCAAAGUGGAAAAGUAAUUUGGUGGGAUGUGUUUUUGAUAGGAUUUUUCUGUUUACAAGUACUACUUGGAUGGUGGAUGUAAGGAGGGAUAGAAAUAUUGUUUCGGUGCAUACUUAUCGGUCAGUUUGAAAACAAAAAUGUUUCGAAAAUAAUCUGAAAACAGAAGAAAAUCGGGUAUUCAUUUGUGAAAUAUUGAUUAAAAUAUAUUGAAACAUGUCUAAAUAUACCGAAACACUUUGAAAGAUAAGAG